UUAAUAUUGUUGUAUACUCGAAGAAAUGAUUUAAAGCAAAAUGGCAUUUACGGUUUCUUAUGUAGCCUCAGUCGUUACUCCAGUGUUAAAUAUGUAUUCGAAAGGUCUUUGGUAUUAAUUUAUAUAAUAACGGUUUAAAUUGACCUAACAGUGUUCAAUUAGUCAAAGGAUACUAAUUCCUAUAACGAAUAAAAUUUAAGUUAUAAUGAUUCAUCCGAAUUAUUCAUAGCGCGUUUAAAAACGAGUUAAUGCAUCGACUAUAUAUAAUAUUGUUCAUUGUUUAAUGGAAAAAUUGACUGCUGUCAUUGUGCAACUUAUGGCAAUACAAAAAAAUUUAGGUUAUACGUUUUCCAGAAGGAAAUAAAUGAGAAGCAUUAAAACUAGAAAGAGAAGACUAUUUUCAAGUAAUAUAUGAUAGUAAUAAAAUCAUAUGAUACUCAGACGCGUUAUUUGAUGUCAACAACCUUUCGAAAAUUCGUGUAAAAUGUUAACCGUUUCUACAAUAGAACGUGGAAUGUGAGAAGGUGUUUUGAAUUCCUGCUUUCUCAGGUGUACUGGAACGUAGAUAGUCCUGCUGUUCACCGCUUCAAGUACAAGUAUCCUAUGAUGUUUUCAUCAGGUCUUGGCUGUAAUCUUUCCUUCCCCAGUUGUCUGGGCUAUCCACGAGAUAGCGAAGAACUGAUACCAAAAAUGGCGCGUGAACCAAUUAUUCUCAAUGUUUAUGAUAUGUAUUGGAUAAACGAAUAUACAACUCCAAUUGGACUUGGAGUUUUUCAUUCGGGUGUUGAAAUAUAUGGGACAGAAUAUGCCUAUGGUGGUCAUCCAAAACCUAAAUCCGGCAUUUUUGAAAUAACUCCUAGAGUUGCGGAAGAACUUGGUGAACAAUUUAGAUACAGACAGUCAGUACACAUUGGGUAUACAGAUUUUACAGAGGAAGAUGUUACCAGGAUUGUAAAUGAAUUAGGAAAGGAUUUUAGGGGAGAUCGUUAUCACUUGAUGAAUAAAAAUUGUAAUCAUUUUAGUAGUCAGCUUACAUUGAUUCUAUGUGGCCAAGAAAUCCCAGGAUGGGUUAAUCGUUUGGCAUACUUCAGUUCGUGCGUACCAUUUUUGCAGCGUUGUCUCCCAAAAGAAUGGUUAACUCCCGAUGCCCUUCAGCAUUCUUUAAAUCAAGUCAGCCAUCACGAAGGUACACCACCUUCCGAUACUUCCUUGUAACAUUUGGCUAACACUACAGACGAGAAAAGUUUAGAAUAUCCUAGGAGGUAUACUUUAUAGAGACUAUUUACGCAUCGUGACGAAGACAAAUUUUAUUACAACAGGCUCGUAUAUCGCCAGGAAGAAAUUGAUAUCCAGGCAAUUCGAAUGUCACUCGAGGGUACAAACUUGACAUUGUACUUCUCAAUGCCGCUGAUAAAUUUAUUAGUACUCAGAGAAUUGCCUUCCCUGCAACGUGUCGUCUAACAAAUUUUCGACGACAGGAUACAGGUCGCGUGUGUUCUUUGGUUAAUAGUUAUAUAAUAAAUAGAUAAUUACCUACAAAUCAAAGCCAUACCUGAGACUGACGAGUUUAUUGGUCAGAAGAGUUCAGAUUUCAUUUAUGUUUCAUUAGAUUUUUGUAGCCAUUGAAAACACACAUUUUUCAUUUAAAUGCUAUUUCAAACUAUACAUUUUUUGACGAGCACUUUUCAAUUUAUCGCAGAAAUUUUUAUGGGAUUAAUAUGAUUAACAUAUCUUUUAUAAUCAAAACUCAUAUUUCAUUUUUUUGACACUUAAUGAUUUCAUAUUUUUCA